AUGACUGAUGUUAGAGAACGCCAACUAUGGAAGCCAGAAGAAGAUUCUCUUCUCAGAGAUUUAGUGCUUAACUCUAAAAGUAUAAAUUGGAAAGAGAUUGCUUCUAAAGUUUCAGAAAAAUUUUCUACAAGAUCUUCAAAACAAUGUCGUGACAGAUACAACAACUAUGUUAACCCAAAAAUAAAUGCAUCUAAUAACAUUUGGACCCCAGACGAUGAUUUUACUCUCGCAAGAUUAUAUUUUACUUACGGAUCUAAGUGGACUACUAUUGCAAAGUCAAUGCCAGGUAAGUCAGAAAAUAUGGUUAAAAACAGAUGGAACAGUUCUUUAAGUAAAAGAACUCAUCUCGUUGGAAAUAUAAUUUUGAUUGAUGAUCAUAAAGGUCCUGGGAGAACUCCAAAGAAUCAACCAUUCCAGAAUCAGAGACAAUGCUAUUCAGUACCGCUUUAUCCUCAAGUUACUUCUGCAUCCUCAGUUUAUUCAUCGAGCAAUAAUACUCUCAUUUCUAAUCAGCUAAUUGAUUCAUCAUGGCGUAAUGUCGAGGGUGUACAAAGCUUCAUGCCACCGAAUUUCCAACGCGUUCGCCCACCUCCACAAAAAGAAACGGCUAAUCAUGUUCUCUCUAUUGAAAACCUUCUUAACUCUCAUAAAGAGACAUUACCAUCAUUAGUUCUUUCUACAAAAAUGGAAGAUAUCGUAGUUUAA